GAAGAGGCGGAGGAGGAGGAGGAAGAUGAGGAGGUGGGGGAGGAGGAGGAGGAGGCUUGGCAUGCAGCGGUCCCGUCUCUGGAGGUCGCAGGGCAUCCUCGGAGCCGUCCCGCCACGAUCACGGAAGAAAAAAGGGAAGAGGGAGGCAUUAAGUCACCGUGUUUACCCUUCCCUACACCCACAGCCGCAACGAAGCCAGUAAGGUGACAAGCGACUCCUACUGGGCACUCCACGCCUCCUCCUUCUCCUCUCUCUAUGGUAUUCCGGCUUGCAAAUGGUAGCCACGCCACCCUUGUCUUAAAUAAAACAGUAGAGUAAUGGGAGACAUGGCAAGUGGACAUGUGGUAACCUCGGGAGAAGCUGUGGAGGUGGUACUGGUGGUGGUGGUGGUGGGCCCUCCCUAGUCCCUCCUGCCUUGCCGGGUCAGAGGCGGCUGUGCUCCCAGUUGCGAUCCAGACGUCAGAGUGAUUGUACGUCGCUCGCUGCCCCGGACUCUGCCUCGCCUCGCUCGGGGACUGACUAGCGAGGAGCCAAGUUGGACGUUGUAGCGGAGGUCCUGCCCUUGUUUUGUGUUUUCUCGCUUGCGUUUCGCUGUUUGUUGUUUUGUGUGUUGUGUUGCGAUGGACCUGCAUGGUGUGUUGCCUACUGCCCUUUGGCUUGCGUGUGCGACGAAGGAAUACUGAUCGAAGGAAGGAAGGGGAAGUGUGAAGUGAAGGAAGGAAAGGCAGGAAAAAGUGCUGAGCUUUGAUACGAAAACAACCUACCCAGAAAUUGAUACUAUAACCGAUACUGGGAAACGCCAAUCAACAAGAACGUGCGGGAACGGGAAACAGGAACAGAAGCAACAGUGACAGGAGAGAGAGAAAGAACGAGUGAGAGAGACUGGACUGGAGUGAACGUGAGGAAGGAGAGCUGAGUAUGCAAGUCUUCGCGGUGGAGUAACGAUUGUGUCGAGGAAGACGCGGCCGUGACUUGAGUGCAGGUGUGUGUCGUGUGAUGGCCGCGUUACCACACCUGACGGAGCUGACGCAGGUGUGCAGGGGCUGACGAUGGACUGCUGAGAGACGAAGGAAGACGUGUUUGCCUUCGUCAGCUGACCUCCUCCUCCUCCUCCUCCUCCUCGUUGCCAUCUUCCUCAUCAUCAUCUUCCAACCUAUUCAUCACGUCGGUGUGUGGACGCAUCGACCAUCAUGAGACCGUGGACGCAGGGGAAGGCGAAGGCACGGUGGCGGUGGUCCUGGUGGUGGUGGUGGGGAUGGUUGGCGACACUGGCCGUGGCGGGGGCUCGGGCGGGCAGCAGCAGUAGCAACGGUGACCAGAUCUUCGCCACGACGCCCUCCCACCAGACGGCCGUUCUUGGAGCCACCGCCGUGCUGCCGUGUCGCGUGAUCAACAGAAGGGGCCUCGUGCAGUGGACCAGAGAUGGCUUCGGUCUUGGCACCCAUCGGAACCUCGCGGGCUUUGAGAGGUACUCCAUGAUCGGGUCGGACGAGGAGGGCGACUUCAGCCUCAGGAUCUCCCCGGUGCACCUCGAGGAUGACGCCGAAUACCAGUGUCAGGUGGCCUCGGCGACGGAGCUUCCCUUGCGGUCCCAGGUGGCUCGCCUCACCGUCUUCGCGCCGCCCGACAGGCCCUCCGUGACCCAGCCUCCCGUGGCCACAGCUGGGGUGCCGCUCACGCUCACCUGCGCCAGCAAAGGGGGGAGGCCGGCCCCGGAGAUACAAUGGCUGGAUGGCACGGGCGCGGUCAUCCACAAGGGGGUCACCCACACACAAGAACAGAUGGAGGACGGGAAGAGGGUGAACGCCCAGGCCACGCUCACCUUCACACCCACGCGCCACCACCACGCCCGCACCUUCACCUGCCUCACGCACAACCCCGCCCUCCACACGCCCCUCGACGCCAAGGUCCGCCUCAAUGUGGAGUACCCGCCAGAGGUCCAGCUUGAUUUCUCGCCAGAAGAGCUCUCAGAGGGCGUGGAGGCUUCCGUGACCUGCCGCGUGGAGGCCAACCCGACGGAGCUGACCUAUAGGUGGUUUCGCGGCGGGUCGGAGGUGGCGGGCGAGCAGGGGCCAACCCUCCCGCUGGGGCUGCUCUCGCGCGCCGACAACGCCGUCCCCGUGGCCUGCGAGGUGACCAACUCCGUGGGCACCUCGCGCAAGACCCAGUCCCUCAACGUGCGAUACGCGCCGCUGUUCGUGUCGGCGCCGAGCAGCCAGUCGUCGGAGCCCGGCAAGGUGGUGACGCUCCGGUGCAGGGUGGACGCUAACCCGCCGCCGGAGAUCAUCUGGACGCGCUCCCACCACUCAAAGAUCGUGGGUCGCGGGCCGGAGCUCACCGUCUCGGCCUCGACAGCCAGCUCGGGUCUCUACAUCUGCUCGGCGCGUAGUCCCGGCUUUGCUCCGCUCGAGGGCCGCGUCCAUCUUCGGCUGAGGGGCCCGCCGCUAAUCAAGGCCCAGGCGGUGGUGGCGGUGCCCGAGGGGGAGCCGGCGGUGCUGCGGUGUGGGGUGGUGGCCGUGCCUCACCCCGUGGCUGUUACCUGGACCAAAGAGGGCUCCAGCGUUGGCUCAGAGAACGGGCAUCAGGUGACGGAGGAGCAGCGGGCGGACGGCGUCGUGUCCACGCUGACCAUCAACAAGACCACCACGCGGGACUUCGCCUCCUACAACUGUUCCGUCAUCAACGAGUACGGCGUCGACACCAGACAGAUCCUCCUGCAGCGCCAGCCGGUCGUGCCCCUGAUGGUCGUGGUGGGGGGCGGCGCGGGGGUCGUGCUGGUGGUCGUCGUCGUCAUCAUUUUCAUCCUCUGCGGGCGGCGGCGACAAGCAAGAACCCCGAAGGACAAGGCGGCGGAGGCGGGGGCGGUGGUGGUCGAGAAGAAGUCCUCCUCCUCCUCUACCUCCUCCGUCACUGCCGUAGGAGGAGGAGGCGCUGGAGGAGGAGGUCUGGGCGGGCUGGGCGGGCUGAGCGGAGGCGUGGGCGGGAGAGGCGAGAAUAGCGUGAGCAGCAACAUGGGCACAGCGAUGAAGAUGAUGCCCGGCACGCUGCUCUCCCACGACAACCAAUCGACUGGACAGGAAUCCGACGCCAAGGACACUGAGAUCCGCACCUCCUCGUCCCUCUCCGCCGUGGACCGCGACUCCGACAGCGGCUGGGAGAAGGAGAGCAGCAAGGCGUCUCCGAGGGAACCCCAGGCGGCGACCCUUGGGCAGCCCCGAUACAGUGUUGGCUCCACUGUCUUCACCCCUCCCGACCAAGGCUACAUCUCCUACGUGGACUACACCCGAGACUACUCCCCCGUGCCCGUCAGCGGAGGGGAGUCCUAUGCCCAGUUUCAGGUUGGCGGUCCUUACGCCCGAUCCACCCCCGCCAGCGACCCGCCCUCCUCCCUGCCGUCCUCCGUUGCCCCGCCUCCGUACUCCCCUUCUCCGCACGGCAAUACGGACAUCAACGGCGGCCCCAACGGGAGGGUACACGCGGCCGCCAACGGGAAGGUGGUGAACGGGAACGGCAUGAACGGCACGCUCAAGCACGCCCUCCUACAGGACCUCAAACAGGAGCUUAAACGUGAGCUGUCGCAGGACCUCGACUCCACGGUCCUGCACAGCAAGUACAUCAUCCCGCCGCAGACCAAAAUCAAGCCCGGGACGCUGGUCUAGUACGGCCGCCCCCCGCCCCCCCUCAGGGCCCGACGAUGUAGUGUACGUAGUGACUCGCACCAAGUGACCAUUAGCCUGAGAACGGCGACUCCUCUUGGCGGUGACGGACGGAAUAAAGCCCCGGGCGGAGGCAAUGGACCGUGCUGAUGGGUGUUCAUUUCCGUAUCUGCCUCGUUGCGUGUUCCCUUUUUUGCCCCCCGAGUGCGCGGCGGCCGGGGCGGGAACGCGCGUCGAGCUGGCCAAAUUGUUAGCAGAAUAGGCGGAACACUCUUAUUCUGAACCUCAAGUUUGAGUCUUUGUUGACUUGGUUUAUAAUAUAUCGAUAAGUAUAGAGUGAGUGAAUCUCCUGUGCCGUAUUGCGGGGAGUCCAGCCCGAGAUGAAGCUUGAAGGACCAAACCCGAGUAUAUUCCCAAGUUAACUCUCCCGCCACUCCCUUCCCUCCCCUCUCCCAUCCUCCCCCUCCCUCCACGCCACCCACGGAAGGUCUCCCAGCUAAUCGUAAGGUGUACAGAUCUGUGAUAUGAGUUAGUUAAGCGCCCAGAGUUGUUUAGCCAGAACCAAAAAAGCAUAACGAGUGCGUGCAUGUGACUGAGAGAGAGACAGACGAACAGACUUACAAACUAACCCCCUCAAGGACAUUGGAGGAACGGCCCGAAGGAGGAGACGAGGGUAAAGAAGUGAACGUCAGUGUGUGUGUGUGUGUGUGUGGAGGAAAAGAAAUGUUGAGAAGUGUGUGUAGUGAUGUCAACGCCAUCUAUCGCCAUCUGACCGAACUACCAACAGCGUCACAACAGAUAAAGUGUUUACAUAGUGACCAUUUGAAAAUAAGUAAAGGAAGUGAAAUGUCAAACCUAAACCUUUUCGAAUGAUAGAAAAUAAAGAGUUACCGUUGGAAAGUGUCUAAAAAGCGACCAUUAGGAAAAAAAAAGUGAGAAUUCAAACCUAAUUUUUUUUUUUUGAGUAAUAGAAAAUGAAAAAAAAAACAAGUGAGUCAACGUUGGAAAAAAGUGUUAAAAAAGUGACUAUUAAGAAAACUAAUUAAGAAAAGUUGAAAAAUGAAGCCUAAACCAUUUUUUGAGUAAUAGAAAAACAAAACAAACAAACUAAAAGAAAACAAACUGAGACUGAGAUUGAGAAGAAAAAAAAAAGGUGAAGGUCAUGAGUAUAGGCUGUGUGUGUGUGUGUGUGUGUGUGUGUGUGUGCGUGUGUGUGUGUGUGUGUGUGUGCGUGUGCGUGUGUAUGUCUGCUCCAUUGACCAUUAGUUUCCUCAAUUCGGGAAGGUGAGUUCUCUAAAUGGUGUCCUUGAAUGGGUAAUGACUUUUAAUCCUUGCAGGUAAAUGCGAGGAGGCGUGCGUGGCUAUACAGAUAACGUCUAUAUAUACUAUGGAUAUAUACACAUCUGUAUCGGUAUUUGUAUCAGUUCUUGUACUGUACAUAAUGAUAUUCGCACCAAAAUGUUUCCUUCCCGAUCAUGACUUGUUGUGGUGGAGUCCCGUGAGCCGCACCUGGGAGUGACUGAGGUGACUUGUGUGGAGGCUGAUUAGGGAAGGACAGGUGAGAGCGGAAAGAGAAAGGAGGGUAAGAAUGAGGGAGAAACGUUUGGAGACAGAUAAACAAUGGGAAUGGAUGGAAAAGGGUUAAAUUCUAUUGGUGGAUGCUAGAAAGGGUUAAAUUUCAUUGGUGGAUGCUGAGAAAGGCUAAAUUAUAUCGGUGGUUGCUGGGAUGAAGUGGGCGAGGCUUGAAUUUGAUACUAAUUUCAAUAGGAUGAAAUGAGGCUCUUGAGGAUGAAGCAAAGGGCAGUUGACCAUUAACAGGUAGAUAAAUAAAGUCACCUGUGCUUACCUGAUUAAUACCAAGUCUUCGCAGGGUAGAAAAAUAUAGACACACUAAAUAUCUGACCGUGUAUAUUUUUUUAAUGUUAAUAUUCAAGGGAAAUUAUGCAAAUGUCUUCAGAAAUUAUGUAUACCUAACGAAUGGCCAUUUAAUCACUCAGAUUAUUCAACAUACUCAUUUAUUUACUUUUUCUCCUGAUUUUCCCUUUUUUAUAUAUUCAUUUUGCGCCGCGGGAGUUCCCUGGUGGUGAGGGAAAUUGUCAAAAGUCGUUUAAAGUCUGUUCCGGAAUCUCAUUUUACUCCAUCGUUGUUAAAACUGGAAUAAAAUCUCUUGUGUUUCUCGUUAAGAUCUUUAGCGUACAGAAGCUUUGUCAGACUUCCACCAGGGUCAAAAUACUACCCCUGGAAUGGCUUAUCACAACUCCUACGAAAGCCAUGUUAAAUGUGUGCGUACUUGGGCGACGAAGAAAAUAUCUGUCUUCAUAAAACAACCAAAAAAAUCUACCCCUGGAAAGGCCCACAUCUCCUACGAAAGCCAUGUUAAAUGUGUGUUCUUGGGCGACGAAGAAAAAAAUCUGUCUCCAUCAAACUACCAAAAAAAUCUACCCCUGGAAAGGCCCACAUCUCCUACGAAAGCCAUGUUAAAUGUGGGCGUACUUGGGCGACGAACCCCUAAGUUAUCCCCUAAGUUAAGCUCACGUCCUCAGCCUCUCUACACGGGGGCCUCAGUCAAUCCAGGUAUGGCCAGCGCGGGUGGCUCUGCCGUUUUGAGAUAUUUACUACUUGUCGGAGCUGUGGUGUUAGACUCUACAUGUUACUACGCUAGCUUCCGAGGAGGGAACCUUCGUGUGGGAAGCGGCCCGCCUUGACCCGCUAACAGUGUGGCGUGCUGCCCGUGCUCUGCCUUCUAUUAUGCCUAAGUUACCCCUUUUUCCUGUGAUGUUGAUUUCGUCCCCCAAUAGACCCAUUCCUAUGUCUCAGUCUCCCCUCAAAUUUCCCCUUUCCCCUGUGAUGUUGUUUUAUCCACCUUCUUUCCCUUCCCCCGAUCCCGUGUCCCCAAACAGACUCACUCAUAUCCCUCAUUUUCCCCUUUUCUCUAUGUUGUUUUCGCCUCUUCCACACUCCAAUGCCUCAGUUUCCCGUUUUCUUGUGUUGUUUUCUCCCUCCCGCCCUCUCCACCCCCCGCCCACGUGUCCCCCUCAACAGACCCACCGACAGGCCAGCAGAGACUCUUCCGUGCAUCACAGACGACUCAUAUAAGCUUACAGACCCCUUCCCCGCCCUCACAGACAUCCCUUUUAGUCUCAUUCGUCCAUCAUUCAUCUCAUUAACCUUUUACAUUAUUAUAGUGUGACUUUUACUUCCUCAUCCUCAUUCACAUCUUCAAAGUCACAGAAAUGGAUGAACAGGUAGGGGUAGACAGGUAGGAAUUCAGAAAGAGACAGAUAUACAGGUAAAAAGAUUGUAAAUACACACAGACUCACACACACUCUCUCUUUUUAUCUAUCUUUCUAUUUAUCUAUCUAUCUUUCUCUUCGAUCAAAUGGCUCCCUCUCCUUGUUUCUCAUCAGCUGUCCCAUUCCUCCUCCUCAUUUCUCUCUCUCUCUUUCUCACUUUCUCACUUCCUCUCUCUCUCUCACAACUGUCCCACUCCUCGCUAACUUUCCCUCUCUCACUCCCUCUCCCUCUCUCUCCCUCUCCCUCCCUCUCCGGCACAAGUGGUGAGGACUCUUGAAGCUCUCCCUGACAGAUUCUCCUGACACUGUCCUUCUUUAUAUUCAAGGACUGUCGUUCGGUGAAAUAUGACGUUCUUCCUCCGCAAGUUUCGUUCCGACAGCGUUCUUCUCUUUCCCUCCCUCUCUCCAUCUCUCGUUUCAUUUCUUUCUCUUCUUAUUUUUCUUCCUCUCCUUCCUUUUUUUAAUUUUUCUUUCCCUAUCAAUCAUUUUCUUUUCUGCGUUCUUUCCUUCCUUCUUCUUUCUUUUCUCCUUCCUCCCUUCAUUUAUUCCUUCCUUCUUCUUCCUUUCCUUUCUUAUCAUUUUCCUCUCCUUCCUUCCUUCCUUCCUUCCUUCCUCGCGUCCUUCUUACGAUUUCUCUCCUUCCUUCCUUCCUUCCUUCUUCUGUGCAUUCCCUUCAUAUCAUUUCUCUCCUCUCCUUUCCUCCUCUCCUUCCUUCCUUCCAUUCUUUCUGAUCAACGAGGGACGGACGCGCGGUGAAACUUUUUUAAUAUGUUCUAUUUUAGAUUCGGAAAGAAGUGGAAUAAUUAAACCAAGGAUGAAGAUGGCUAGGUAGGAAGGUAAGUAGGUGGGUAGGCAGGCAGGCAGAUAGGUAGGUGGAUAAAUGAGUGAGUGAAUAGGUAAGAUAGGUAAGGUGGGUAAGGAAGUUUGUAGAGGCUUUCACGUGUAAAAAUAGUGAGAAAUCAUUGCAAUAUUCUUCGUUCGUGUGUCACAAUGUUGAAGGCGACCACUAGGCUGAUGGUUCUUGUGCAAUAAUAUGUUAGGCGAGAGUGAGAGAGGUUAUCGAUUGGUUUGUCAAAGGGAGAGAGAGUGAAGGGGAGAGAGAGAGAGGGAGGAGGAUACAAAGGAUGAAGAUGAAAGGAAAAACAAUGUGUAGGUAAGAAGAAACAAGGAGAUAUGAGGAAAGUGUUGAAAUAGGGGAAGAGAGAGAGAGAUAGAAAAAGUAAAAGGGAAAAGGUAGAAAAUAAUAAAGGGAAACAGGAGGAGGAGCUACAGGAAAGGUAUGGAAAGGGAAAAGAUAAGAAAUAAGAAAUAGGAAAUAAGAAAAGGAAGGAGAAUAAGAAUGAAAGAGAUAGAGAGAAACGAAGAAAGAGAGAUAGAAAGAGGAUGAAUGAGGACAAAACAUUAGGAGACAGACAGAAAGAAAAUAAUGAUGAGAAAGAGGUAGAAGGAAGAGAGGAAGUUAAAAGAGAGAGAGAAUGAGCGAGUGAGAAAGCUUAGAAGGAGGAAGUGAAAGAGGAGGAAGAGGAGGAGGAGGAAGAAGAGGAGGAGGAGGAGGAGGAGGUGUGUUGAUGUCUUGUCUCCUGCUCUAGCGAAGCCUCAAAGGGAGUCUGUGUCUGUGUGUGUGUGUGUGUGUGUGUGUGUGUGUGUGUGUGUGUGUGUGUGUGUGUGGCGUCUUUCACUUCCAAGGUUCAGGUUAUGUUUUCCUUACUCUCCUUGACCUCAACGUUCACCUUUCGUUCACUUUCCUCACGUUCCGAUUACUCCUACGCAGUUCCCCUUCCUUCCUACGCCUUGGUUUUCCUUCCUUCCUUUCCCUUCUUCCUUUCCUUCAUCUCCUUCUACUUCUUCUCCCUUCCUUCUAUGUAGUUCCUCUUCCUUCCUUUCUUUUCUUUCAUCGCGUUUUUCCUUCAUCGUUGAUCUUGUUUUCACUAUUUUCCUCUUUUUUUCAUUUAAAGUUUGGGUUUUUAAUAUUUUUCAUUGGUAGUUAUCGAUCUAUUUUCCUAUUUCAGAUCUUUCCCACACACUAUCCAUCUAUAAAUCGGUCUUUUUUUCUCUUUAAUUUCUACGUCUUUUCAUCUUAAGGUUUCAUCUGUAAAAUUCUCUGUAUGAAGUUAGGCAUUUUUUUCUCAUUUUCUGCUUUCAUUCAUUUUUCUUUCUCUGCUUCCAUCUUUUUUUUCUUUUUUUUGCUAAGGCUGACGUCAAGGUACUCAGGAUGUUAAUUGAGAAAACCUUGACAUCUCGACUCCACUUACUAAAAAAAAGGAAUCAUGUCUUUAGGUUUGUGGGUUAUGUACCGAAAAAUUCUGCUUUGACUCGGCAGGAAGGAAGGAAGGAAGGAAUUCAGUCCAUCUUAGAACCACCAGUCAGUCAGUCAGUCAGUCACAUGAAACUCAUCAGCAAAGUUUCAAUGCAUAAAAAAAAACACUUAAUUUGCAUCUUCCUGGCUAGGUUUUUUUUUCCGAUGCUUUCCAUGAAUCGUUUUUUUUUUAUAUAACUUUUUCUUACUUAACUUUUUUUUCUCUCCGUGGUUCCUUCCUUCUUUUCAAUCUCUUGCUUUGGGAGAGAGAGAGAGAGAGAGAGAGAGAGAGAGAGAGAGAGAGAGAGAGAGAGAGAGAGAGAGAGAGAGAGAGAGAGAGAGAGAGAGAGAGAGAGAGAGAGAGAGAGAGAGAGAGAGAGAGAGAGAGAGAGAGAGAGAGAGAGAGAGAGAGAGAGAGUGAGAGUGAGAGUGUGUGUUUGUGUGUUCUGGCAUUUCAUAUCUCAUCAUUAUUAUAAAAAAAGUUCUCCCUCAAAUCAAACAUCCAUUCCGUAUAAUAUUUCCUUUUUUUCAUCGAUUUUCUUAGUGGCCUUGUUUUUAUUCUCCUCCUCCUCCUCUUCCUUCCUCUUCCUCUUCCUCCUCUUCUUCGUUACAGCCUGCGCCUUAUAUAUACUUAAGUGACCCAUUCAUUCUCAUUCUUACAUAUUCAUUAUCAUCAUUUUAUCUCUUCCAUUAUUUACAUUAUCAUAUUUUUGUGUAUUCCCUCCCUCUUCUUCCCAUUCCAUCACCCUUCCCUUCUAUUUCCAGUCCCAUCAUCAUCCCUUCCCCACCUUUACCAUCUCCCAUCUCUAUUCACAGUCCCCAGCAAUCCAUACAAUCCCUCCCUUCCUCCCUUCCUCUCUUCCUCUCUUCCCUUCCUUCCAUUUCCCCAUCCCCCCUUACCCGUUCUCUCCCCUUUUGCUCGCAGCUGAAGAAGAAAAUAAUAAGUCAGUAGCUCGUAAGGAUUCUUUAAUGUAACUGUUUUAUUGUAAAUGUGAAGAAUAAAGUAUUUUGUUAUAUGGUA